GCGAUAGUAUGGCGCCGCCAAUGCUGGCUUCGACAUGGAUAUACACCGCAGCAGCAGCCGCAGUCACGUUCGGGGUUGCACAAGACAGGGCAGAGCUGGCAGGAUCCGACAAGGCCAACGUAAGGCGGGUAGGACGGGAAUGCUGCCAUGCUGCCAUGCUGCAUCUUGGAUUACGAACCCGGGAGCACAAGACAAGGCAACCGUCGAGGUUAUUCUUGCCGUGGCGCGUGGGUGUGUGCCAAAAUCCUGCUGCCCGGGAGGAAGAUUUCAAGAUUACCAAAGACGGGACGAGGAGAUUGUUUCGUCAAAACGGGGUGUCAUUGAUGAUCCAACGGGCGAGGCAAUACAAGAAAAAAGAGGACGAGACAAUACUUCGUACGCACGCAGCCCCUGAGGGGGGGCAAAUGAGGUGGAAAUAUGGCGAGAUGCGCCGCGACGACUGUGCCACAGGCGAGACAGAGUCUGGCGUGUGUGUUGAGUGCUGCUGGCGUUGAGGUUUGGCGUUGGCA